AUGCGUUUCACUCUUAUCCACCUAACUUCCCUCCUCGCUCUCAGCAGCGCAAUCGCACUCCCUCAACCUCAACUCGGCGGUCUCGGCGGUGGUCUCCUCGGCGGCGGCGAAGGAGGUGAAGGCGGCGAGGGCGGCGAGGGCGGCCAAGGCGGCCAGCAAGGCGGAGAAGGAGGUCAAGGCGGCCAGCAAGGCGGCGAAGGAGGCCUAUAUUAUGGUCAACAAGGCGGUGGCCAGCCGGGCGGCGAGCAACAAGGCCAGCAAGAAAGCCAAUAUGGCCAGCAAGAAGACCAGCAAGAAAGCCAAUAUGGUCAGCAAGGAGGCCAAGGUGAACAAGGAGGUCAGGGCCAACAAGGCGGCCACGGCCAACACGGCGGACAAGGCCAACACGGUCACGGCCACGGCCACAGCCAAGGCCAAGGCGGCAUCUGCGGUUCCUCAUCCCCUCUGUGCUGCCAGGUCGGUUUGCUCGGUGUGACGAACUGUGCUAGUGCCGGUGCCGUCACCACCCCCGGCGCCUUCAACGCCCAAUGCGCACAAAACGGUCUUACGGCUCAAUGCUGCAUUUUGCCUCUUGGUGGACUCGGUAACCUUGGAGGUGAUGGGUUGGUUUGCACGGCGCUUUUGUUGCUCGGGCUGGGCAUCAUCUAG